AUGAGGACAGAGGAGACGAGGAGAGAGGAGGAGAGGAGAGAGGAGAGAGGAGGAGAGGAGAGAGGAGGCGAGGAGAGAGGAGAUGAGGACAGAGGAGACGAGGACAGAGGAGGAGAGGAGAGAGGAGACGAGGAGAGAGGAGAUGAGGACAGAGGAGAGAGGAGGCGAGGAGAGAGGAGAUGUGGACAGAGGAGACGAGGACAGAGGAGGAGAGGAGAGAGGAGGCGAGGAGACGAGGACAGAGGAGACGAGGACAGAGGAGGCGAGGAGAGAGGAGGCGAGGAGAGAGGAGAUGAGGAGAGAGGAGACGAGGAGACGAGGAGAGAGGAGAUGAGGACAGAGGAGACGAGGAGAGAGGAGGCGAGGAGAGAGGAGAGAGGAGACGAGAGAGGAGGAGAGGAGAGAGGAGGCGAGGAGAGAGGAGGAGAGGAGAGAGGAGGCGAGGAGAGAGGAGAGAGGAGAGAGGAGAGAGGAGGAGAGGAGAGAGGAGGAGAGGAGAGAGGAGAGAGGAGGAGAGGAGAGAGGAGGCGAGGAGAGAGGAGAUGA